GACUUGAUUCUUCUUCUUUGAGCCAGAAUAACUUGGGUUUUCGUCUGACUUCAAAAUUUGAAUAAUUUGACAUACAGACAAGUUCUGGAGUGCUUUAAUUUGGAUGAAUUAUUGGCUUUAAGAGGUGGAAGUAGAAUGUUACGUCAAAGAGUGACCUCAGAAGGAAAUGGUUUUGAAUGAAAUUUGUGUUAGAGGAACAUCACAUUAGUUAAAGUGUGUGGAAAAAACAGUCUCAAUUCUCAAUUGUUUCUGUUCACAAGGUUUCAGAAACUUUUUACUUUAGUUUCUUUACAGUCUGAGACUGAAACACAAUGCUUAAACUAGCUGUGGAAUUUAGGGAGGGGAGCAAGAACAAUGGUAAUAAAGGAGCUAGAUUUUCGGUCAGAGUAACCAAAUCACCAGUCAGACAAAAGACCUCCUUGUUAAGGUUGUUAGAUAAUAUCACCAGAAAACAACUUGUCAUGCUAAGCCUUUCUAAGAUUGUCUGUCUGUAUUGAUUUCUUGCUGUUACAGAUUUGUCUCUGAAGAGGAGAGUUUCUGAACGACUGCAGCGUUGGUGCCUCUGAAGAACACAGUGGGAAACUAAAUGAAAGGAGAAGGAAUGGGAGUUCAUCCCUCACCUCUCUGACCCUGGAGAAGUCAUCCAAAAGCCAAGAGGGUGAUGGUUUCAAACUAAUCCCUUAAGCCAACACGUUUCAGUCAUGUUCACUCCCAGGAAAAACAGCCUUCCCUCGCCCAGCCUGGAAGACUCCUUCUUUCCUCUCUCCUCUUCCUCUUCGGUAUCUCUCUUUGCUUUGCAGUCAGCCUCGUCCCCCGCUGACGGCGUGGACGGCGGGGGAGCGAUAGAGACUGACCUGAUACUGGCGGCAGAACUGGGACGGGCCUUACUGGAGAAGAAUGAGGAGCUGGCAGAAACUCUGCAGCAGAGAGAGAAAGAGGUGGAGGCUUUACAGCAGGAGAAGCACGUCCUGCAGAGGAAGCUGGAGAUGAAUGAACUGGAGUCUGGGCAGAAGGAGUCAGAGCUCAACACAGACAUAGCUUCACUGAGGGCAGAGCUGCAGAAAUACCACAGCGAGGGGCGGGACCGGAGGAAAGAUGACAGCGAGCAGAUGACUCAGUUGGCCAAUCACAACCAGAGACUGGUGGAGCAACUAUCUGAGGCUGUAACACUGGAGCACUCCCUGAGGACUGAGCUCCGCACCCUCAGAGAAGAGAUGGAGGAGUCAUCCUUUAGUCGAAAUAUCAGCUUCACGCAAUUAGAAAAUAUGCAAGCUGAGAACAGAGUAUUGCAGGAGCGGCUGUCGCACAUGGAGACGCAGCUGAAAGCUUCAGAGGAGGACAGCCAGAGGCUCCGUGUGGAGAGAGACGGACUGCGGGACAGACUGUCAGAGCUUCAUGUCAAACUCACUGAGAAGGAAGCUGAGAUAGAGCAGGAGCAGGGGGUUGUGUUUGAGUUACGCACCUUGAAUCGCUCUUUACAACAAAAACAUCUGAACCUGGGAGAGGAGAGCUUCCUGGGCAGUACGCACACACAACCUUUGUCUCUGCUCAGUGAAAUUCAGCAGACACAGGCUACAGAGGCUCUCUUGGCUCACUCCUCAGCGCUGCAGGCCAAAGAUGAAGAAAUACAAGCAUUAAAGGACGAGCUCCAGUCUCAGCAAAAGGAACUUGAGUCUCUCAGGGAAGAAAUUAAACCCUUCAUAGGAGGAGAAAAUCAGAGCUACAGCUCUCUGGAGAGCGAACUGGCCAAAGUUCGUCAGGAGAAAGAAUCGCUCACUCAGCAGCUUCUCAACACAAUCAAACACAAGGUGGUGCUGUCUCAAGAACUGGAUGCCUGGCAGGAGGACAUGCGCUUCGUCAUCAAUCAGCAGGUGCUGCAAAGGGAGGAGGAGAAGAAGAAGAAGGAGGAGAAGCAAGAGAAGGAGAGCACUGUUGGAUUCCAUAGGAGCAAGUCUUUGAGAGUGAGGGGUGAAGGAGGAAAAGGGUUCUUUUCCUCUUUAUUCAAGGACAAAUAAGACACAGCCUCAUUUGUCCGUUUGGCAGCAGAUGAACACUGAUCAAUAUCGGCAAUAUCAGCAAGUUAAAUGUUUACAAAUGUAAUAUCUGAAUGUACUUUUCUGUUUGUAAAUAUGUACAGUAUAUUAAUAAUUUUAAACU